AUGCCUCCGCGCAAGUCCACGUCGUCAAUGACACCCGCCGAGGAAGGUGACUCGCUGCAAGUAUCACCACAGCAGACACAGGCCGAUAAGCCCAUCACGGCGACAGAGCAGCAGAUCAAGGCGCGGGCAGAGGCUGGCGUUAGUGUCGAUGACUACCUGCUUCCUCGCUCCCUGACAAUCCGUCUCGCCAAAGCGGUGCUCCCACCCAACACCACCAUCCAAAAGGACGCUGUGCUGGCUAUCCAGAAAGCAGCUACCGUCUUCGUCUCCUAUCUUUCGUCGCACGCCAACGACGCAACCCUAAAGCGUACCAUCGCUCCCACAGACGUCUUCAGCGCUCUUACCGAACUCGAAUUUGACUCCUUCCGAGCCCGCCUCGAGCAAGAGCUCGAAGCAUACACCGAGAUCAAGGCCGGCAAGCGCAAGGCCAAGAAGUCCGACGUCAACGGCGCCGAUGCCCCUACCGGAGAACCCGCGGCGAAGGGCGAUAACGAGGAUGCUGAGAUGACGGACCAACCAGCGAAGAAGAUGAAGCGUGAUGAUAAUGUCGAGGUCGUGAUUGGGGGUGAUGGGGAUGGAGACGAGACGCAGGAGGAGGAGAUCGAGGAGGAAGAGGCUGAUGAAGAGGCUGAGGAUGAAGAGGAGGAGGAGCAUGAGGAGAAGAAGGUUGAGGAUGACAUUGAUCGCGUGGAGGAUCUGGAUGGGGGUUCUAGGCCUAUGGAUCCGGAUGCUGAUGAGACGGAUGAUGAUGAUGGGCCGGGUAGCCAGUUGCACAAUGAUCUUGGUCUGGGUUAA